ACGCUUUGCGUCUCUUUUGGCCCCAGGGACUCGCCGUCGUCCGGCUGAGGCGUUCGCCGGCUGAGACGAUGGCGGCUGGGACGCCGGAUUCGCAAGCACGAUUUGGUCAGUCUGUGAAGGGGCUUCUCACGGAGAAGGUGAAUACCUGCGGGACCGACGUGAUCGCGCUCACCAAGCAGGUGCUGAAAGGCUCCCGGAGCUCCGAGCUGCUGGGCCAGGCAGCUCGAAACAUGGUUCUACAGGAGGAUGCCAUCUUGCACUCAGAAGAUAGUUUAAGGAAAAUGGCAAUAAUAACCACACAUCUUCAGUACCAGCAAGAAGCUAUUCAGAAGAAUGUUGAACAGUCACCUGACCUGCAGGACCAAUUGAGUCAUUUAUUGAAGUAGCAUGUCAUAACUGACUUCUUUGCCUGAUGCUGAGGGUCACCUACUUUACACAGCCAUCACGAUGUGGGCUUGGUUUCCAUUUUCACCUCCAAAAAUUCAUGCAGAAAAGACUUGUGAAAAGCCAGAUGAUUGAACUUAGAAUCAUUUCUUUUGCGUUUUUGAGAUAAGGUUUCUCUGUGUCGCCCUGCCUUUCCUGAAAUACACUGUGUAGACCAGGCUGGUCUCUAACUCAGAGAUCUGCCUGCCUCUGUCUCCUGAAUGCUGAGAUUAAAGGUGUGCACCACCACCAUCUGGCCUUAGAAUCACUUCUUAAAUUGGAUUAACCCUUGCUCUUAUCAGAUAUUUAAGUUGUAUUUAAUUUCAUAUUAAAAUAAAAAAUCAAUAAGUUCAAUCAUUAGCACUGAAAAUAAAGGACACCAUAGCUUGCUAAAA